CCGGUUGUCGGAGCGAUCUGGUACACCGCGGGCUGGUCUGUAUCACAUACAUGACAUCCGUGUAGUAGUAUAAAUCCCUCGCUCGUCGAACUCUAUGGCAAUCGAAGGGUUACCAGCGACGAGGACAGGAAAUUAGAGAGCUACCACGUUCAGUCAGCGACAAGCUUGUUGAAGUGAAUUAUGGCACGUACCAAGCAGACCGCUCGUAAAUCCACCGGAGGCAAGGCGCCCAGGAAACAGCUCGCCACCAAAGCUGCGAGGAAAAGCGCCCCCUCUACCGGCGGUGUGAAAAAGCCCCACAGAUACAGACCGGGGACAGUGGCUUUGAGGGAAAUCCGUCGGUACCAGAAGUCCACUGAGCUACUUAUCCGAAAACUGCCGUUCCAGCGCCUGGUCAGAGAAAUUGCCCAAGAUUUCAAGACUGACCUCCGCUUCCAGAGUGCUGCCAUUGGCGCUCUUCAGGCAACCAGUGAGGCAUACCUUGUUGGCCUUUUUGAGGACACUAACUUGUGCGCCAUCCAUGCAAAGAGGGUCACAAUCAUGCCUAAGGACAUCCAGCUGGCCAGAAGGAUCAGGGGAGAGCGUGCAUAAUUUUUGGGGGAUUUCAACUUUUUUGGGGGGGGGGGGCGGGGGGCGUGGCUACACUUUCUGAAGUAGUAGUUUAAAUCCCUUUUUGUACUUGUUCCAUUAGUAGUAAUAAGGCAUGUGGUGAAACCUAUUAGGAAACGUCAUGCAAAACAUUCCCCUACCUUUUCUCAGGUUUCUUAGUGUGUUUUAGAAUGUGGUGUUCUUGUGGUAGCAUGUGUCUUCUGUGAAAAUGACUUUUGUAUUGCAUCGUGGCCAUUUGUUGUAAAUAAACUUUCCACUACCUCA